AGAAAGAGAAAGAGAAGAGGGGAAAAAAGGAUCAGGAGGAAGAAAAGGAGAAAUAGAAGGAGGAGAAGAGGAAACAACAAACGAGAAGAAAAAUGAAGAAAAAUAUAAUAAAAUGAACAUAAAAAAGAGGAAGAAGAGAGGAGAAGAGGAGGAGGAGGAGAAAUGGUGAAAAAUAAAGAAAAUGGGAUGAAAGGGAGAGAGAGAAAGAAACACAACGAGGCAAGGAACAAAGAUAUAUUAGUAACAGUAGAAGAAGGAAGAAGAAGAGGAGGAGGAAGACGAAGAGGAAGAGGAGGAGGAGGAGCAAGUGAAAGAGUAAAGGAAGAACACAUUAGCAGAAGGAGGAGGAGGAGGAAGAGGAAGAGAAGAAGUAGGAACAAUUGAAAGAGUAAAGGAGGAACAAAUUAGCAGAAGAAGGAAGAGGAAGACACAGAGAAAGUGGAAGAGGAAGAGGAGAAUGAGGGAGGAAGUAGAAAGAGUAGCAGAAAGAAGUCCACACACCUUCCACACCUUUAAUUAACAUCCAGGUGGAGUCUCAAGUUUUAUCUCAAGUUCUAAGUUUCAGAGGAGUGCCAAAGUGCCUCAUCAGUGCCUCUUCAGUGCCUCCCUCCCCCUUGACGCCCCCGUGGCACUCAGAUGAAGAGAUAGAAGUGUACACGAGCCAAAGGUCUACAUGGAUCAAAGGUCUCGCGUUGAUUGGCAAGGAUAACAUGUGAUCAAACAACCAUUACGUAUGUCUUCAUCUGCUACCUGGUGGUCGCAGAAUGGGUGUCUUUAGAAGCAGCAACAACACCACCAACACCACCAACACCAGCAGAAGCACCAGCAGGAGGAACAGGAGAGCAGAGAGACAGAUCUUGCGGUGACAACACUUCAAGAUGACCCGAUCAGCGCGCCACCACCCCCAGCGCCACCUCCCCGCGCACCACCACCAUCAUCUCCCCCACCACCGCCUCCCCCUCGGGCCGGACACGGGAAUCGAACUUGAGCCCUUAGUGGAUGCAGGUCGAGAGACGCCACCCAUUGACCAGAUACAUUAUCCUCUGAGGCAGGACCUGUCUGAGGGGGGGCGGGCGCGGGGGUCCGGGGGGGGCUGCGCGGCGCUCCCCCACGUGGGUCUCUUCAUGGCCGUCAUCUCGUCGCUCUUCUUCUCCCUGUGUUCCCUCAUCGUCAAGCUGCUGGGCGACGUGAACCCGAUGGAGCUGGCAGUGUUCAGGUUCGUUGGCAUCCUGCUGCCGACGCUGCCGCUGCUGGUGCGCCGCGCCGACCCGCCCUUCCCCAAGGGGCGGCGCCUCAUGCUGAUCCUCCGCGGCCUCGUGGGCGCGGUGUCGCUCAUGCUACAGUUCUACGCCUUCAGACACAUGCCGCUCGCCGACGCCUCCGUCAUCAUCUUCAGCGUGCCGGUGUUCGUGGCGGUGUUCGCACGCGUGUUCCUGGGCGAGCCCUGCGGCCUCUUCCACGGCGUGGUCAUCCUGCUCACCAUCGCCGGCGUGGUGCUCAUCGCCCGCCCGCCGCUGCUCUUCGGAUCGUUAUCGGAGGCCUACACCACCGAGAACUGGUGGGGCGUGGCGGCGGCCGUGGGCGCCACGGUGGUGGCCGCCAACGUGUACGUCAUCCUGCGGGUGCUGAAGGGCCUCCACUUCUCUGUGAUCAUGACCAACUUCGCGAUCGUGGCGCUGUGCCUCACGCCCGUCGUGUCCUGGAUCAGCGGGCACUUAAGCGUCCCGCGCUGCGGCUACGAGCGCUACUUGAUCCUGGCCAUCGGCGUAUUCAGCUUCGGGGGGCAGAUCCUGCUGACGAAGGCACUGCAGCUGGAGCAGGCGGGGCCAGUGUCCAUCGCGCGCACGGCGGACGUGGUGUUCGCCUUCAUCUGGCAGGCCGUGUUCUUCGAGGAGCUCCCCGACCUGCUGAGCCUGCUGGGGGCGCUGCUGGUGAUCUCGUGUGUGUUCCUGACGGGUCUCCGCAAGUGGCUGCUGUCGCUGCCGCAGACCUCCGCCGCGCGACGCAGACUGCGCUGCCUCACCUGCUGACCUCCGCACCGCCGCACUCAGCAUCGCCAACACCCGAUAUCAGAAGCCGCACACAUAGUCGACUAGUCUCCUAUGGUGUUUGCUUUCCAGAAUGGCUGUGUGUCGCCUCGUUGUAGUCGCCGUAGUGUUAGCGUAGACGGAAAGAUACAGACGAUCGAUUCCUUCCCUCCCUUCCUCUGUACGCUACACCUUGAGUCUCUUCCCUGUCCCUGUAAACCCUUCGUUGUGUGGACGUUUUACACUGUUGAGUCAGUCCGUUAGUCAAUCAGUCUGUCAGUAUUUACCUCAGUAUUGAAGCUGUUGUGUUUCGUAAUAGGACACACACACACACACACACACACACACACACACACACACACACACACACACACACACACACACACACACACACACACACACACACACACACACACACACACACACACAUGCACGCGUAACAAGGUGCUGUGAAGUCCGUUACAGUAUCACGGUUUGUACUCAUGUGUUUCGUGUUUUCCCGGGCUGCGACGAGUGGCGUGGAAUUCCCGUGUGAAAAGAGAAAUUAAAUUGUAACUUAACUAAUAUUGAACAUGUGUCUCAGUGUGAAAGGCGGCGGCGGCGGCGGUGAAGACGGCAUCGACACCACCACCAUCACCACCACCACCACCACCACCAUCACCACCACCAUUACCCUCACAGCCAUGCACACUCCCCAUCAAGUCACGUCACGCCUGGCACCGCAGCUCACGAGGCACAGCAACAGAGUCACGAGUGCUGGCAAGACAUGAGGAGCGUCGAGAGGCGAGUGGCAAGAGUUAAGACGAAUAGACCUUCAAGAGGGAAGCGAAUGACACACACAAGUCCACUUCGAGUCCACUUCGAGUCCACUUCGAUCUUCAAUGUUUAAACUCCUCAACUCUCCCUAUAGUAUUAUCAUUGUAUUUCCUUGUAUUAUCACUCCAGAAGGCGGCAAGUAGAAGACCGGUGAACCUUCAGGAGUAGCAGGAGUGACGUUCCUUCUUUGAUGUCUCCCUGGAACCUCAACUUCGUCUUGUAAUCUUAGUAACGAGACGAGACUAAGACGCCGCCAACCACGGAACGUUUUCUCCCACACUCACUCCUUGGAACGUUUGCGGCGCGUCGAGACUGUCACAAGAGAAUCAAAUGUAUUCUUCAGCUGUAUUUUAGAAGCCAUAAAGUAUCUAGAAACUGUAGUGCCUCAGUGAAGGAAGGUGUCCCAGGAGAAGUUUUUUUGGGGGGGUGACUCGUCUUUCUUCGCCUCCCUCUCCUCCUCCUCCUCUUGGUCUCGGUUUUGUCUUUGCAACGGUACCUUGUUUAUCCAUUCUCACAUGUCGUGGUCUCUGUUUUGUGUAUUCUCCUUCGGUUUCUUACACUUUCAUUUCCUCCUUGGUUUUCUUUCCGUUUUCUCUUUAUUCAAGGUUUUCAAAGGGUAACUUUCUUAACUAAUGUGAAAAGUGCAUUGUCUACGAAAGAGGAAGGAGAAGAGAGAAGGAGAGAUAAAGAAAGGAAGGAGGAGAGAGGGCGAGGAAAGGCAAGGCAGGUCCCCAUAUUUCACUUUUGCAGAAAACCUAAAACUUAAGCAGCAUUUAUAGCACACAAAUCACUGAGAAGAAAGAGACGAUGUGAGUUAGGAGUAAGUGGUAGACUCGUUUGUUUGUUUCCGGUGUGUGUGGACGUGGUAGGUUAGGCUCAGUGUGUAGCCCUGGCCUCGUGUGUACAGGUCUUGCAGUCAGCCUGGGUCCGGAGCGUAAGUGGCGUCUUUGCACAUGGGAAGAUCGAAAGAAUAUCAAUAGAUUAUCUUGAAAUAGCUCCGAUGACAUUAUCAGCUGGGAAGAUUGACUGAGGCGGCUUUUGAAAGUAUUAUAAAAAAUAGUUCUAUUAAAUAAUUUUACUAUUGUUUUUAUCGGUGUCGCAGACGCCGAUCAACAGAUUUUCCAUCUUCUUGUUGAUGGUGUUGUUCUCUUCAAGAUGUUUUCCUGGCCUACCCAUGCAUUGUAGACAUGACAUUGUUUAAUAACAUUUGUUAGUCCUGAUGAACCCUACAACAUAGUCAGUUUUUUAUUUAUUUAUUUAUUUAUUUAUUUAUUUAUUUAUUUUUUUUUUUUUUUACGUCGGCCUGUGGCGCCGGUAGGCCUUCAUAGUAGGGACUAAUGGUCUGCCCCAGCCCGUUGUGGCGCAAGCAAGUGUUUAUAGUGGCGUCAUCUUUAAUUUUCAGUACUUUCCAUUUUAGACCCCAAGUUGCAUAAUAUAAAUUGUUGGGGGGGUGUUGGAGGGUCAUGCGACGCCGAUCUAGCACAGUUUUUGUGUUAUUAACACUUGUUAUAUUGUUUUAAUAGUCAUAGAUAAUGAGAGUAAUGCAUAAUCUAUUAUCGCCUCUAUCCGUCAUAUUAUUUGCACAUUUUCGCACUACUUUCCUUUGAAAACGAUUGUAUGAAGACGUCACUUGAACCCGAAGGUCAUAUUCUCAAACGUUUCGGCGCUCACACACUCACAUUUGAUAAGGCUUUCGUCGACGUUGCUGCAGCCCGUAUUUCCAUGGGUAGUUUUAUGAGCUUAGUGAUAGUUUGACGAGUCUUCCGCACCAAGAACGUGGAAGACACUCACGAGAACUCGACUCAUCUCCUUUGUGGCCUUGGAAAUAGAUGUGAGAGCCGAAAGCGUCUUAGAGCCGAUUUCACAGUCCAACACAGUGUCUUUGUAAACAGCCCGAACCAAACUAUAGAAUCCCAUACAAUCCAAAAUGGUGAGGUCUUCGAUGCCACACUAAAUACACAAGACUUUUCCUGUAUAGUUUCGUCAAAUUUGUGAACUUAAAUACAAACACCAGAUACUAUACAAGGAAAUUUCGAAGGCUCUGGUAUUGGUUUGGGAGCUUACUAACCCAUCAUGGGGAACUGAAACUGGCCCUAAGAACACGGGGCUUAGCGAUGCGCAGCGGCUGGGAGACCUGGAACACACUGAAGCCUUGGUGUUGCCCAUUGCUAGCAGGUAGGGCAGAGCAGCAGACUUGUGUGAUGAGGUUUGUUAAAAGAUAUAGAUAGAUAAUUAGAGAGAGGGAGAGAUUAAUUUAAGCAAGUAGAUGGGUGAGUAUGAAGCCCAGUCGUGUGUGUGUGUGUAUGUAUGUAUAACCGUAUGUGUGUAUGAGUGUGUGUAGUGAUGUUUGCGUUUCCGUGUAUGUAUGUGUGUAUGUACGUUCGCAGACAUUGUACGCUGUUUUAUAUGUAUUUAUAGAGUAUCUUAGAGGUGGAAAUAUUAAAAUGUACUUGAGAGUUUUAUAAGGUUACGGUUUUUGUAUAGAGCAAGUGAUAGAGGCUUAGAAGACGAUGAUGAUGAUGAUGAUGAUAAGAGAGAGAGAGAGAGAGAGAGAGAGAGAGAGAGAGAGAGAGAGAGAGAGAGAGAGAGAGAGAGAGAGAGAGAGUUAUAGAUUUUAGUAGCAACAUAUCAUUUAAUUAUUAGUUUCGAGUUUUUGUUUUAGCUCUAAGAUCUUUUUUUUUUUGUAAUAUAGAGAAAUGUAAUGAGCUUUGUGUGUGUGUGUGUGUGUGUGUGUGUGUGUGUGUUUAGUAAGGUAGGAUAAUGAUUUCUUAUGUCCUUCUUCUUCUUCUUCCUCUUCUUCUUCUUCUCCUCUUCAUCUUAUUAUACUCCUUCUUCUUUUUCUUCUUUUUUCCUGUUCUUCUUUUCCAUUCAUCUCCAUUUUCCUUUCUUUUUCGAAGUCUUAAAUAUUCUUACAAUUAAUCAUCGUAUUAUUUAUUUUCUUUUUUCUUCCUUACUAAUUUUUUCUACUUUUUUUUUCAAUCUGUCUCCUUGUAACUGAUCCACUCUCAACCAACAAACAAACAAACAGGAAAGAAAACAACAAAACAAAGGAAGACAAAAACACAACCAUAACAAACACCAAGACAAAAAAAAAGGAGAGUAAAUCAGAUCACCGUCAACUUCUUUUCUUUCUUUCUUCAAUUUUUGUUUUCGGCUCUCACUCGAUUUUGGGCGCGCGUGAUGCCAUUGUGUUCGGUCCCGUCACGACCUGUCACGUUUUUGAAGUCACUCACGACGGAGACUUUAAGAAGAAAAAGAGUGCUGAUAGGAUAGGUCAUGCUCGCUUUCUUUCCUUCCUUUCUUUUCCUCCUUCCCACUUUCUUAUUUCCUUUCCUUCUUUCCCUCCCGUUUAGCAAUCAUGGUCUUUUCCUCUCUUUUAUCCUGUUUUUUUUUCCUUCCUGCCUUUCUUCCUUUUUACUUUCUCUUUCCUAUCUUUAUUUAUUUAUUUACUUCUCCCCAUUUCCUUUCCUCUCACUUUCGUUUAGCAAUCUUGGUCUUUUCCUCCUCUUUUUUUCCUUCCUUCCCACUUUCUCUUUCUUAUUUUUCUUUUCUUCCUUUUCCCGUUACUUUUUUAUCUAUUUCCUUAACUUCUCACUUUCUCUUUCUGUUCUUUAUUUCCUUCGCUCCACUACGUAUGCUUUUCUCCUUUUCUAUUCCAUUUCUUUCUUUCUCUCCUUCCUUUCUCUCCCACUUCCUCCUUCCUUCCUUCGUUCUCAUACGCAUCCCAUAAGUCUGUCUAUCGUUUUAUCUGCCUCUCUUUCUCCCCUUAUUCCUUCUCCUUUUCAUUCAUUCAUACAUACAUUUCACACACACACACACACACACACAGACAGACGGAGUGACGUGAAAAUAUGAGGGCAAGAGGCGUUCAGUCCCGUUCUUUCUGCCUGCUUGCGUGUGUCAGGGAGAAAGUAAGGAAGAGGAGGAGGAGGAGGCGGAGGAAGGAAGGGAAGAAGCACAAAGAGGUAGGAAUAGAUGAAGGAGACAGAGGAAGGUAGGAAAAGUAAAAAAUAUGAGAAACAGAGAUAGAACGUGAGGAGAAGGAAGAUGGAAGGAAGAAGGAGAAGGAAGGAAGGGUGGAAACUGAAGGAACUAGGAAAAGGUGAAGGAAAAAGACGAGAAGCAAAAACAGUGAGAAAGAGAGAGAUAGAGAGCGAGGGAGGAAGGAAGAGAUGAGAAGGAGAGAGGAAAAAAAGGAAACUGAGGGAGAUAGAAAGAGAUAAAGGGAGGAAAGAGACAAAGGAAGAAGGCAAGGAGGGCAAAAUAAUGAGAAAGAGAGAGAGGAGGAGAGAAAGAGGGAGGACGGAGAUAGAGGAUGAAGGGUACGAAAGGUGAAAAGAUGAGAGAAGAAAAAGAGAUGGAGGAAAUGGAAGAGAGAAAAGGGGAAGGCAAUGAAAGGUUGUGAUAAGAGAUAACCUGACGAAGGAAGGCGACAGAGGGAGAGAGAAAGAGAGAGCAAGGAAAUGGAGAGACAGACACAGUAAGGAAGAGAGAAAGAGAGAACGAAAGAACAGGAGAUAGAAAGAUAACGUAAAGACAGAAAGACCGAGGAAGGAAAGAGACGCAGAGGGAGAGAGAAAUGAAGAGAGAAAAAGGAAGAAAGAAAGGAAGGAAGGACCAAUGGAGGGGGAAGGGAGGAGGAAGAGGAAGAGGAAGGGCGUUAGCUGUCACGGAAAAUCGCAGCGAAAGUAAGAUUGCAAGAUUUUUAUGCAAGAGUUUCACAAUGACGAAUAGGGAGACCAGGAAUAGAAGAUGAAGUUGAUAGUAGUAAUGAUGAUGAUGAUGAUAAUGAUAGAGUAGAUAGAAGGUGAUCAUGAUUUGUAUAUAGAGUGUUUUGAAUGUUUUGGUUGUUAGUGAUGUUUAUUAUUAUUAUUAUUAUUAUUAUUAUUAUUAUUAUUAUUAUUAUUAUUAUUAUUAUUAUUAUUAUUAUUAAACGCUUGUGAUGCCUCGUGUAUGUGAUUUAUAUUUCUUUUUUUUUUAUUUACUUUUUCUCUUCCUUCUUUUAUUACGUUUUUGCUUUUGUUGCGUUUUUUUCAUUUAUUUUAUUCUUUGUUACUUUAUUUUUCCUUUAGAGAGAGAGAGAGAGAGAGAGAGAGAGAGAGAGAGAGAUGAAAACAACCACCACACCUCGGACACUGCAUAUUUUUUUCUUUCUUUUUCGUACUAAUAAAUUUCUUACUUAUUCUUUUCUUUCUUCAUUCUUCUCCUUUCUCUUGUAAUCUUCUCUUUUUAUAUAUUUUCUCUUCUCUUUCUUUCUUUCGACCUUUAUCUCUUUGUUCUUUAUUUCUUUUCUUUUUUCCUCGUAAUUCUACUCUUUCUCUCCUUCUUCGCUAUAUAUUUCUUUUAUUUUCUUUCUCUUUUCUCCUCAUUGUGUUUCUUUGUUAUUAUCUCAGGUCUGGUUUAAUUUCGUUUUAAUAUUUUCUCUUUCCAUCAUUCAUUCUUUCCUUAUCUUCGCUCUACAUUUCUUUUUAUCUUCCAUUUCUGUACACAAUCUAUUUCUCUCUUAUUAUCUUAGGUCUGUUUUGAUUUUUUUAUAUAUAUUCUUUUCUCUCUCUCUUUCGUUAAUUCCCUCGUUGCAUAUAUCUUUUUUUUUACCCCCUUUUCUUCACAUAAUAUUCCUCCAUUAUCAUCUCAGGUCUCGUUUCAAUCUUCUUUUUAUAUAUUAUUUUCUUCCUUUCAUUCGUUCUCUCCUUCUUCGUUCUAUAUAUCUCACUUUUCCUUUCUUUCGUUAUUUCCUUCGUUCUAUAUAUCUUCUUUUUGCUCCCCUUUCUGCACAUAAUAUUCCUCUGUUAUCAUCUCGGGGUCGUCUGGUUUAUAAGAUCGACCUAACUCUGCAUUUCGUGUCGCCCUCUCGCUCCUGUACACGCCACUUGAAAGAUUUAUAUUAUUACAUGACUAUAGAGAUCCUGCA